UAUUUAUACUUUUGCCAAAUAUGCAUUCUUUUAUAUUCUUGUUUUCCGCCCUAUGUUCACUUUAUUCACCAUCCUUUGUUGAAUCCACUAAAAACCCUAGUGGCUUUGAAGUUGAACUUAUUCAUCAUGAUUCACCAUUGUCACCCUUUUACAACUCUUCCCUAACCUCAUCCGAGCUAAUCACAAAUGCGGCCUUGCGCUCUAUUUCACGUUCCAAACGACUUUCCCUUUUUCAAAAUAACGAGUUAAACGAAUCGCCAGAAUCUAUUAUAAUUCCAAAUGGUGGUGAUUACCUCAUGAAAAUCUAUAUAGGAACCCCACCUGUUGAAAGGCUUGCUGUUGCAGACACAGGGAGUGACCUUAUUUGGGUACAAUGUUCCCCUUGUCAAAAUUGUUUUCCACAAGACACUCCUUAUUAUGAUCCAAAUAAAUCUUCCACUUUCAUGGGUUUGUCAUGUGACUCACAAUCUUGCUCAUUACUCCCACAUAGAUGUGGAGAAUCAAAUAAGUGUGAGUAUUUUUACACUUAUGGUGAUAAAUCUUACACCAUUGGAGAUUUGGGUACUGAUUCCAUCAACUUUGGAGAAAAAGAUGUUACAUUUCCUAAAUCAAUUUUUGGAUGUGGACAUCAAAAUGAUGUCACAUUUAAAAGAAGCCGAAAAGCUACGGGUCUUGUUGGUCUUGGAGCAGGACCACUAUCACUAGUUUCACAACUAGGUGACUCAAUUGGUCACAAAUUCUCCUAUUGUUUGGUUCCUCCAAGUUUAAACUCAAUUAGCAAAAUGAAAUUUGGAGAUGAAGCAAUUAUAAAAGAUAAUGGCGUUGUGUCUACUCCCCUCAUAAUCAAAUCUUCAAAUCCUUCUUAUUACUUCCUCAAUCUCGAAGGCAUCACCAUCGGACAAAAAACUGUUGAGACAGGUCGAACCGAUGGUAACAUAAUCAUUGAUUCAGGGACAACAUUGACGUAUCUUGAACAAAACUUUUACAAUGAUUUGGUAGCUUCCUUAAAGGGAGUUAUUGGUGUUGAGGAAGUGAAAGAUCCUCCAUCCCCAUAUACCUUUUGCUUCACCUUUGGAGAUAUAACAAAGUUCCCUAAUUUUGUGUUUCAUUUUACGAGAGCUGAUGUUACCCUUAAACCUCAGAACUUAGUUGUUGAGCUUGGCAACCACUCGUAUUGCUUGUUUGUCGUACCAAAUAAAGGUAUUUCCAUCUUUGGAAAUAGAGCACAAUUUAAUUUUUUAGUUGGGUACGAUCUCAAAGGAAAAACAGUUUCCUUUUCUCCAACUGAUUGUUCCAAGACCUAAGUUUCCAAUUACUAUUUUUUGAAAUAAAGCUAUUAAAUGUGGUUUAUCGAUGGUGAUUGUAAUGAGCAUGAGUCCAAAAAAUAGAGACCAUCACAACCGUCUUCUAUGUACUUUUUUCUUUGGCAUCGUUAUUGUAAGUUGUAACAGUAUUGAAUAAUUGAACCAAAAGGUUUUUGAAGAUAACUUGAUAUAGCACGUGGACAUUAUACAUACAAUAUUUUGGAUCAAUUAAUAUCAAUAUAGGAUUGUAUUAGUUUUA